AUUUUUCUCCCGCCGGGGCCGCCGCUCUCUCUCUCUGUCAGCCUGCCAGCAUUGUCGAAUUCCAGCUCCCGUUUUGAAACCGAGGCCGUGGAGGAACUUCGAGCACUGGUUUGAGAUUCAAAAGAGAAACGCGGGUAAACGGGCUCCGCUGCAACAAACCGGAGGGCUGCGUGUGUUGUCGUUUUUUUUUUUUUUCUUCUUCUUCUUUUUGUUCUGUUCGGACCGUCAGCGCGUGGUGGUCCGUUACACCGAACCGAGCUGCGGCGUCUUAUCGGCUUUUGUCGAGUGUUUUUCGACUGUCAGGUCACGUCGAUCCGCCGUGUGGGACCGUGAGGAGCUUCGGUAAUAUCAGUCAUGGUGAAGCUGACAAAGGCCAAGACGUUCCAGGCCUACCUGGACUCCUGCCACCGUCGGUACAGCUGUGUGCACUGCCGCGCCCAUCUGGCCAACCAUGACGAUCUUAUCUCCAAGUCUUUCCAAGGCAGCCAGGGCCGAGCCUACCUCUUCAACUCUGUGGUGAACGUCGGCUGUGGACCUGCGGAGGAGAGGCUGCUGCUUACAGGACUUCACGCGGUGGCCGACAUCUACUGUGAAAACUGUCACACCACGCUGGGCUGGAAAUAUGAACAGGCCUUCGAACUGAGUCAGAAGUACAAGGAGGGGAAGUACAUCAUCGAGCUGUCCCACAUGAUAAAGGACAACGGUUGGGACUGAGAGGGAAAUCUUCAUCUUUCUUCAUGACUUUUUCAAAAGUUGCAUCCCCUCAACUUAAAAGGGUUCCAGUGUAGCUUCUUCAUCCCGCGUUCGAGCCGUCGCUGUGCCACACUUUAUCACUUCAUAAAGCUUUGCCAAGAAUAGCAUGUGAUGCCUUAUCUUUAUGUGUUCUUCAUGUUUUUCCAGCGAGCACAACAACACAUUUGCUGAUAUUGCUAUCCCAAUUGCUAGUUGUGCCGGGACAUGGACUGAAUGAGUGCAGGGUUUGUGUGUGGAAACCUGGGAGAUGUAGUUGCACAGGCACCAGUGCGUGUUGGAUUUUUCAAGUGUAUUAGUGAUCAAACCGUUUUCAGUGACCACCAAACAGCCUCACUCUGUGACGGCGAGGCUAGUGCAAGUCAAAUUAUUUGAUCUUCUUACACAUCGGAUGCAGGUAUGUGGGUUUUCCCUUUGACUUUAAGGUGCACAUUUAGAUUUAUCUGGCCCAAACUAAGUAUUUAGGCUUGUUUAACCCACUGAUCAUGUGAUGCGAGGGUAUGGAAAUGCUAAGAGCAUCGGGAGGGCUUGUUUUUUGUUUUUUUUGUUGUUGUUUUUUUAAAUCUGUGAAAUUCAUGUUUUUAUGAUAAGAUCAGUAAUACUUGUUUAUAUUUUGCCAAAGGCAAUCAGGCUGUGGAAUUAGUAAUGUUAAAUCCCACCUGCAAGAAUUCUUAAAUCUGGAGUAUGAAUGUCUUCUGCUUGCAGGUAUACCUUUUAGGAUGUGAGUGUGUGUGUGUGCAGUGUUUGCUGAGAUGUCUUAAGCUGGACAGUGUUGAGAAGCAUUAGUCUGGAGUUAGUUCACGUCUGGAAUUUCCACUGCACAGUUGGGAUAUCUUCACUUCUCCUUAAUGCUGAUGAGAUCUAUCCUUUAUAUGUGUAUUACCUAACACCGAGCUGUCCUCACAGAUACAUUCGCUAGUUCGUGUUAGAGCCAAGUGUGAUUAGGAUAAUGUAGCAUAUUUAUGGUGACUUUUAAUGUCUGCUUCUUUCAUUAAAGUGUUUUUAUUUUAACCUGAUCUUUCAUUAAAAUAGUGUGCCAGUAA